UGUGGGGAACAUGACAGCCAGACCACAGCUCAGAGGACCCGUAAGAGACCAGGACCUGGACCCAGCUCUGUGAACAUGAAGCGUACACGAUACACGGUACCCUCUGUUGAUACAAGUUCACAUCAGCAGAGAGGAAAGUCUCCUGAACCCAGAUGUGUGUCCAUGAAGAGUCAUUGGUCUAAAGAUCUUGGGAUUGACUUCAAAUAUGGACGCCGUUCUUAUGACCCAGAAGAGGACCAGGAGAGCUCAGAGGUUCCCACAGGUCCGUCUGCCCAGCAGCAUGAAACACACCUGGACUUCAUCUUCAUGCUGCUGGAGGAGAACAUCCUCACUUUUGUGAAGAAGGAGCUGAAGAAGAUCCAGCAGGUUGUGAGUUCAGAUUACCCAGAAUGCUUAGAGAGUCAGAGGGAGGAUGAGGAGGUGCUGGAUGAAGAGCAGAGGAGGAGCAGAGAGGCAUUUGUGAAGAUCUCAGUGCACUUCCUGAGGAGAAUGAAGCAGGAGGAGCUGGCUCACCAUCUGCAGAGCAGAAUUCUUGCUGCAGUUUGUCAGCGUGAACUCAAAUCCAACCUGAAGAAGAAGUUCCAGUGUGUGUUUGAGGGGAUCGCUAAAGCAGGAAACCCAACCCUUCUGAAUGAGAUCUACACAGAGCUCUACAUCACAGAGGGAGGGACCGCAGAGGUCAAUCAAGAACAUGAGGUCAGACAGAUUGAAACAGCAUCCAGAAGACCAGCCAGACCAGAAACAACCAUCAGACAAGAAGACCUCUUCAAAUCCUCAGCUGGAGGAGAGGAACCAAUCAGAACAGUGAUGACUAAGGGAGUGGCUGGCAUUGGGAAAACAGUCUUAACACAGAAGUUCACUCUGGACUGGACUGAAGACAAACACCACCAGGACAUACAGUUAACAUUUCCAUUCACCUUCAGAGAGCUGAAUGUGCUGAGCGAGAAGAAGUACAGCAUGGUGGGACUUGUUCAUCACUUCUUCAGUGAAACCAAAGCAGCAGAAAUCUGCAGGUUUGAAGAGUUCCAGGUUGUGUUCAUCUUUGACGGUCUGGAUGAGUGUCGACUUCCUCUGGACUUCCACAACAAUGAGAUCCUGACUGAUGUCACAGAGUCGGCCUCAGUGGAUGUGCUCCUCACAAACCUCAUCAGGGGGAAGCUGCUUCCCUCUGCUCGCCUCUGGAUAACAACACGGGCUGCAGCAGCCAAUCGGAUCCCUCCUGAGUGUGUUGGCAUGGUCACAGAGGUCAGAGGGUACACUGACCCCCAGAAGGAGGAGUACUUCAUGAAGAGGUUCAGAGAUGAGGAGCAGGCAAGCAGGAUCAUCUCUCACAUCAAGACCUCACAAAGCCUCCACAUCAUGUGCCACAUCCCCGUCUUCUGCUGGAUCACUGCUUCCGUUCUGGAGGAGGUGUUGAAGACCAGCGAGGGAGGAGAGCUGCCCAAGAUCCUGACUGAGAUUUACAUCCACUUCCUGGUGGUUCAGUCCAAAGUGAAGAAGGUCAAGUACGAUGGAGGAGCUGAGACGGAUCCACACUGGAGUCCAGAGAGCAGGAAGAUGAUGGAGUCUCUGGGAAAACUGGCCUUCGAUCAGCUGCAGAAAGGCCACCUGAUCUUCUAUGAAUCCGACCUGACAGAGUGUGGCAUCGAUAUCAGAGCAGCCUCAGUGUACUCAGGAGUGUUCACUCAAAUCUUUAGAGAGGAGAGAGGACUGUACCAGGACAAGGUGUUCUGCUUCGUCCAUCUGAGUGUUCAGGAGUUUCUGGCUGCUCUUCAUGUCCAUCUGACUUUCUUCAGCUCUGGUGUCAAUCUGAUGUCCGAAGAACCAACAACCUCCAUGUUGUCUAAAGUCUUUGGAGACCAAACUCAACCAAUGUUUCUCUACCAGAGUGCUGUGGACAAGGCCUUACUGAGUCCUAAUGGACACCUGGACUUGUUCCUCCGCUUCCUCCUGGGUCUUUCCCUGGAGACCAAUCAGACUCUCCUACGAGGUCUGCUGACACAGACAGGAAGUCGCUCACAGACCAAUCAGAGAACAGUCCAGUACAUCAAGGAGAAGAUCAGUGAGAAUGUGUCUCCAGAGAAAAGCAUCAACCUGUUCCACUGUCUGAAUGAACUGAAUGAUUGUUCUCUAGCGGAGGAGAUCCAACAGUCCCUUAGUUCAGGACGUGUCUCCUCAGAUAAACUGUCUCCUGCUCAGUGGUCAGCUCUGGUCUUCAUCUUACUGUCAUCAGAAGAAGAUCUGGAGGUGUUUGACCUGAAGAAAUACUCUGCUUCAGAGGAGGCUCUUCUGAGGCUGCUGCCAGUGGUCAAAGCCUCCAACAAAGCUCUACUGAGUGGCUGUAACCUUCAGAGAAGCUGUGGAGCUCUGUCCUCAGUUCUCAGCUCCCAGUCCUCUAGUCUGAGGCUGGAUCUGAGUAACAACCACCUUCAGGAUUCAGGAGUGAAGCUGUUGUCUGCUGGACUGGAGAGUCCACACUGUGACCUGGAGACUCUCAGACUGAGUGGCUGUAACCUCUCAGAGAGAAGCUGUGGAGCUCUGUCCUCAGUUCUCAGCUCCCAGUCCUCUAGUCUGAGAGAGCUGGAUCUGAGUAACAACCACCUGCAGGUUUCAGGAGUGAAGCUUUUGUCUGCUGGACUGAAGAGUCCACACUGUGACCUGGAGACUCUCAGGGUGGAGCCUGCUGGAGUCCGAUGGUUGAGACCAGGUCUGAGGAAGUAUUCCUGUGAACUCACAAUCGACACAAACACAGUAAACAGAAGACUCAAACUGUCUGACAACAACAGGAAGGUCACACAUGUGAAAGAGGAGGAUCAGUCAUAUCCUGAUCAUCCAGACAGAUUUGACCACUGGCCUCAGCUGCUGUGUAGAACUGGUCUGACUGGUCGCUGUUACUGGGAGGUCGAGUGGAGAGGAAGAGUUUAUGUAUCAGUGAGUUACAGAGGAAUAGGAGGAAACAGUACAGACUGUUGGUUUGGGUGGAACGAUCAGUCCUGGAGUCUGGGAUGCUCUGAUAAAGGUUACUAUGUCGGUCACAAUAAGACAGUAACACGCAUCACCUCCUCCUCCUCCUCUGGUAGAGUAGCAGUGUAUGUGGACUGUCCUGCUGGCUCUCUGUCCUUCUACAGAGUCUCCUCUGACACACUGAUCCACCUCCACACCUUCAGCACCACAUCCACUGAACCUCUUUAUCCUGGGUUUGGGUUCUGGCCCAGUCCUGGUUCCUCAGUGUCUCUGUGUUCUCUGGAGGACGGAGAGUCUCCUCCUGGUGGAGAACCUUCCUCUCUGCUCACCACAUAGUUCAGUCUGUACAGGACGUCACGCAGCUGAUGUAGGUUCACGUGGAUGUAGAUGCAGGUGGAGCAGGUGAGUAGUACCUGAGCUGGUCUGGACUGGACUGGAGUCUGAAAGUGCUCAGCGAGGUGUGUUUUAAUGUUGUUGUGCUCGUUGCCUCUGUGGGUGAAUCAAUAGAUCAUCAUUUAGAUAUCGGGUCCUAAUCAGGAUAUGAUAUUUUAUAACAUGUUCUCUAAACUAUAAGUACGUCAUUGUUGUGCAGGAACUGGUCCUGGCCAGCAGAGGGCGCUCUAACAGAGAAAUUCAUGUAUAUGAUAAAACCAGCAAAUAGGAUUAAUUUCCAAACAUUUAUCGCAGUCUGAAUAUAAUAAAGAAAACUACUACUACUAAUGAACAUAAACAAAUACUCUCACUUGUUGUUCCUCUUUUCUCUCUUUGACUCUAUUUGAAGUUGCUCCGGCUUAAAUACUAGUUAUUUAGCCGGAGCAACUCUAAUGUGCACUUUACAAAGAUUAUUUUUUCCCUUGUCAAACAUGAUCAUUGGUUGUAAACUGUUUCACUGAUUUAUUUUGUAUCCUCACUAUAUGAAAUAAAUAUGAUCCAGCAUCUCCGUCAAAAUCCUCCAUGUGAACUUUAGAUGGAUGGUUAUUUAAAGUAAAGUUGGAUGAUAGUUUAAAAAAAACAAAGAUUCGAAGGGAAUGUAGUCUCUCUAUGAAUAGAGAGCAGUUUGUGUGUUGAAUUCAUCUGCAAAGGUUGGUUUCAGGAGGAGGACAUCUGACGAUAUUUCAGAAUUUGAUGUGAACUUCCAAUAUAAUAAUUUACAGAUUAAUCUGCGAAUUUUGUUUUAACAGAUCAAAACUAAGAUGAUCGACUAAGAAAUUUACUAAAAUACACAAUUACUAAACUAAGAUAAAAGGAAAAAGUUUUAAGCAAUUUAAGAAGAAAUUAGAUGAAUAAAUGAAUGUGAGAAAAGGGAAACGUGUGCUGGAUUUCAGUGUUUAAAUAAUCAAAACAAAGGUGAAAUGUUGAUAUUGUAGAAGAUAGAUUGCCGAUCCGUUUUUUAAGACGACUCCCACGUAGACACUUGUUUUAAAUGAAGGUGAAGAAGAAUUGGUUCACAGCUUCACUGUUUCUUUGUUUUGAAGCUAUUUGUCACAGUGAAUAAAUACUCAGGUACUCAGACACAGAGCUCUGAGGAACACCUGGAUUCAGAAACAGAACCGGACUGUGCAUUCAGCUACUGUAGCUUUGACAUACGCUGUAAUAUCUUAAGUUAGUUAAAUUAGCUUGUAUAUGCAUAAAAGAAUGAAAAGGUCUGUGCAUAAAAGUUAAUACAUUUU